UAGAAUCCAAUCGUAUUCUAUCCGAAGUCCAAACUCCAAAAACUCGAAAGAAAACUAUCUCGUAACCAUCAACCAGCCCAUAGACUUUGCAGUCUGUGAAAAUUCCACUAGAUUUAUAUGAUGUUUGGUGGAGGCGGCAAAGGCAUGAGAUGGGGUGCGGGAGGAACCAACAUGUUGAGAGCAAUCGCUGGAAGGGCAGCAGUUUACAAGAACCCUACUGCAACUUUACAAGAACCCCUUUCUUCUUCUACAAGUUCUGCAACCCGCAGGCACAAUAAUAGCAAUACCAAUGGUUAUCUUUAUGUUUCUUCUUCUUCUGGGAGUUCUUCUUUGGGUUCUUAUAACAGUAACAGUGGUGUCCCCAUCACUGCCAAUUCUGGGUCGCCGUCGCCUGCCUUCUCGGGUCCUCCUUGUUUUGAUGACUUUGAGUGGGUGCCUCGCCAUGAGGGGGAUAAUCAGCAGCCGCGUGAUUUUGUUUUAGGACCUGUCCCUUCUGUUGCUGAAGUACAAAAUGCUGUCUCUGCUCUUCAAAGACACAACUUCGAUCGUCUUGUUAAAUGUCCUAAUUAUAGGGUUGCUGGUGUAAGCUCGUCAAGAGAACUUAUCAGGGAUAAGUUAUCUUAUAAUGCUGACAAGGAAAUAGGUGAUCAAUUUCCAAGCCCAGAUGCUAGCUCGAUGCACAGGGUUCGUUCUGCUGGGUCUGAGUUAGACUGGAUAGAGCCUUCAAUGCAACUUUAUGAUGCACGAGCAUUUCAUCCUUGCGUAACAAACGACAUUUUCGAUGCUUUCCAUUUACUGCAGACAGAUCCAACGGUUCAGGAAAUGGUAACUUCAUUUUCUUCUGAUGAAGCUGUUUGGAAUGCUGUUUUGAACAAUGAGAUGGUGAGGGAGCUCCGACGUUCAUAUUAUGCAGCACCUGAAGACAGUAGUUCAAUGAGCUUCGAUGGGAGUUCGGACGAGAACUUCGAUAAAUCGAGCGAGACAACAAGCACGGUGAAGUGGAUUUUCGACAACACUAAAGCGAAGAUGCUGGAGUUGUUCGAUAAAAUAACAAAGCUCGUCAAUGAGUUGUUUCAGGUUCCUCCCGACGACUGGACAACAAAAACAGCAGACCUGUUUGAUGAAAGGUUGAGAAUCUCAAUAGUGUUAUCUGUUAUAGUCCUGUUGAUUGUGGUCGUGACUCGAGCUCAAACCACCUGAGUUUACGGUUACGAUUGUUGAAACUUUGCGGUUCAAAUGGAAACAAAGUUUAAUGUGCUACCCUGUCAGCAUCACAGAGUGGGGGCAUAGGUGACAGGAGAAUCGAGGUGUAAUUUGACCUCUGUGGGGGCUUUGAAAUUUUAAGCCUACAAACGUGCACCAUUUAGGUAGCUGUCAAACGCAGUGAUCUCUAUUAUUUAGCAUUUGAUUAUUUGGGCCGUGAUGAAUGAUUGAGUAGGUUUUGUGCUGUGGCCUAGCUUUACAUGUUAAUUAGACUACUUUUUUCAGUUUCUUUUU